AUGUCCUCGUCGUCCGGAGCGUUAUCGGGCUUGCGGAGCGAUUAUUUCAUGGCGCAGCCUCGCGCUCUUUCGGCCCAUUGCGCUCCGCCUUCUCUCCUAGAGCUCUCCUGUUUCUCCACUUGCGAUUAUGUCCUCAGCGAGCUCCGAGUCGUCUGCGGCGCCGACCUCGGCGCCGUCGUCGACGUUCAGCCCAUCCAGCUCAUCAUCAAUGUCUACCUCCUCCUCCCUCCCGGUGUCUUCCAGUUCGAGUAUCCCAUCAUCAACUCCCUCAUCAACUCCCUCAUCAACUCCUCCGACCUCAACCCCGUCUCCACCACCGUCGUCAACUCCAACGUCGACACCCUCGUCUACACCAACCUUCACUCCGUCAAGUACUCCUACAAGCACCCCAACCUCGGCCAGCUCCAUUGCCACAAGUUCAGCGCCCUCAAGCUCCAGUUUCAGUUUUGCUCCGACCUCGGAUACCUCUUCGGCGUCGUCGUCGCACUCAUCUUUCUCCUCUUCCUCGUCGACCAACCUUUCGACCUCCCUGCAGACAAGCACGAUUGUGGGUCCAUAAUCACAUCCACGGUCGUGCAGUCGUUCACGAUAACGCCAAGUGCCGGGUCGAACACGUCGAGCCACAGCACCUCACACACGGGCGCGAUCGUGGGUGGCGUCGUCGGUGGUGUCGUGGGCGCGAUCAUCCUGGUCACGCUGCUGUGGUUCAUCUGCCGCCGCCGCCGGGCCAAGCGCGACGACUUCGACGGGAACUUCGACCCCGAUCGUGUGGUCGGCGGUUCCGCGCGCGACGGAGCAACGCUGCCCGCGAUCGACUUGGCGGGGGCGGACGAGGUCACGCCAUACAGCUAUAGUCCCGCGCAGCAGGAGAUGCGGCAGCAGGCGGACGUGCCUGCGUUCCUUGCAGCGGGCGCUGCGGGUGCGAUGUCCGACCGCCGGAGCCCGCCAGCCACGUCGGCGCCCUCGCAGUACUCGCAGUCGUCGGAUCAGGGACAGGGCGCGUAUAACGUCGGCGCAAUACCUACCGGAGAGUUCAGGCACCCUAGCCCUGGCCCGUCGUUGGCCAUGACCAGCUCUACGCACACGGGAUCGACCCCGCCGUUUGGCGGCGUUCUCCAGUCGGCCAAAGAGCGCGAAGCAUACCGUUCCGGGUUGCAGGUGUCCAAUCCUCCAGAAGUCGUGCAGCACCGGGACGCCGGUCGAUUGAACGCGACACCCGAGGAGGAGGAAGCUCCUGCAGAGAUCCCUCCCCGAUGUGGUCUGGUUGAUGAACGUUCCGACUGUACACUUCACCUUCCACCUUCUCUUUGCCGGGGGCUCCUUGGCGGAUUCGCCAUGUCUUUUCCGUCAUUUACCCUCGCAUCCGCUGUUAUGGACUCUCCUACGUCGAUUACGCCAUGA